GUGAAGACUUCUUUAAAAAACUUAAAAAUAAUUUUAAUUAAUUUAUCAGCAGUGAAUUAAACCUAAAAUGUCAAUUUUUCCUGAUAUUGAUGCCACUUGUUCGUCUUUGGGUUAUCACGAUGGCGUUAAAUAUCAUGCGGAUCCCGAUUUUUUGCAGUGUUUAAAGCAUUUGAUCUGGAUUUUGCGACGAGAUGGUGACACUCACGAAUAUCGGAGGUAUAUUGGACACAAACAAUUGUUGAAGAGCGAUUUGCUGCCCAUGUUGAUGGAUUGUUGCGAAAGUGACGAAGUAACUGAUGUCAUGUUGCGACUUUUGGUGAAUUUCACGAAUCCUGCGUUGCUGUUGUAUCGCGAGGAGCUCCCUAAAGACAACGUUGGUCGUCGCAACUUCUUGGAGUUGGUUGAAAUUUUGCAGAGAUACAAAGAAAGUUUUGCUCUCGACGCCAUUUGGAAGUUUCUUGGCAAGCGAUUGGAGAAAGUUUUGGAAAUUGACUGGGCUGAACGCUCCGAAGACCAAGGUUUGCAUAUCGAACGAAUUCUCGUGCUUGCCCGAAACGUUCUUCAAGUUCCCUCGGACCCGGAGCUCGAACGUCGCACCGAUAACGACGCCAAUAUUCACGAUCAGCUCAUCUGGUCGAUGCAUCAAGCGGGUUUCCUCGAUCUCGUGCUGUACAUUUUGAGUUCCGAGAACGAGCAACAGUAUCAUUUGCACACGUUGGAGAUAAUUUUUCUCGUUUAUCGCGAACAAAAUGCGGCGUCGCUGGCGGAAGCGACAGUUUCGAGAAGCGCCGCUGAAAAAUAUAAAGACGAACAGGAAUUGAUUGCGGCGCGCGAAAAGGAACGAGCUCGACAGGAAAAUUUUAAGAAACUUCCGGGACGACAUUCGCGUUUUGGCGGCACUUUUAUCGUGCAAAAUAUGAAGUCGAUCUCGGAUAAUCCGCUGAUUUGUCAUCAAGCUAUUGAAAAGGUGAUGGAUAUGGAUUUUGACAAGGACAAAAAGAAGCAAAAGAGGAAUUUUCGACUGGCGCCUGAAGAGGAGAAGUUUGAACGGAGGAGUGCGUUGUCAGUGAGAUUAUUUCUGCGUGAAUUUUGCAUUGAAAUCCUUCGAUCAGCCUACAACACGCUCGUUCGUCACGUACGUCGAGUUUUGGAGCGCAGCGGAGGCCAAAGUCACGACGACUCCUACCUUCUGUGGGCCAUUCAGUUCUUUAUGGAGUUCAAUCGUCUCAAUUCUUUCCAAGUAGAGCUCGUUAGUGAGUCCUUGAGCGUCAAUUGCUUCUACUGGGUCAUUCAACGGAUCCAACAUCAUCUCGACAUGAUAGACUCCGACAAGCGAAAUGCUCGAAUUUGGGGAAAACGCCUUCAUAUCGCCUUAAAAACUUACAAAGAAUUAAUUUUUAAUCUGCAAGUCUUACAAAAAAUCCCCGAUGAAAAAUCGCAAGCUUUAUUCUCGAUUUUGCAAAAUAAUGUCUUUUACAUGUUGGAGUACCGAGAAAUUGUACUUGGAUUACUCAUGAACUAUAAUGAGAAACAUUGCACAAAGGCAUAUUUACGAGACGUGCUCGAAACAGCUGCAUUUUAUUUUAAAAUGAUGGAAAAAUUCUGUAGCGGUCGUGUUGUCGUGCAGGAUCGCAAUAAGAAGCGACGCAAGAAAUCGAAAGGGGGAAACAAGAAGCAGCAGCAGCAACAACAACGAGAGGCGGAGGAACGAAAUUUGGAGGAAAUUUGGGAUGAGUUGUCGCCAUCGCUGGCAAUUGUGUUGGCAAAUGAGAUUUCCUUGCCGGAGGAGGAUCAUCCAAUACCGUUUGAUGCAACGUUGGAAAAGUCCAUUAAUGAUCAAAAAGACGAUUGCAUGGUGCGCCUUCACUCAAUGCUGCGAGAUGGCAAAUACGAGCAAGCAGUGUUACUUUUACGUGCAGCCAGGGAAGUAUGGCCCGAAAAUGAUCAUUUUGGAGCACCUACAUUGGCUCCCGAAGACGAAUUACUUCUAUUAAGAGAUAUCUUCUUCGCCAAUUUACCCCGAGUUGAGACGCCUGACGAUCCGAUGAUGGAUGGCGCAAAUGACGGCAAUGAAUCUCAUUCCGAGGACGACGAAGAGGAAGACGAUGAGAGCAAUUUCACCGAAACUGACUUCAAAUUUGACGAUUUCGUGCGGCGGCUCGUUAAUCCAAAAGUGGUUCGUGCAUGUACUUCAGUGCUCGCCGACUGGAAACAAAUACCUACUCGUUCGCUGAAGUCAACGGUGACAAUUCUCCAUCAUAUCGCAGUCAGAUGCAAAAUGCCUGUUAUGCUGUUUCAAGCGCGCUUAUUCCGCAUUUUCCAAACAGUGUUGCACGCCAAAGUAGACAAACACAAUGAGGAAUUGCAUCGUUUAGCGGUAUUUAUCGUGAGACAAUUCGUCCAAAUUGCUCCUGAAAAUCCCAAAAUUUUUGCCGAGCUUUUGUUUUUCAAGUCGAUACGCGAAGCGGAAAUGGUUACCAAUGGCUACGAGGAUAUUUACAAUCCUGAGUCAGGCAGAGGAAACAAAAAAGCAAAAUGGAGCGAAUUGGAGGAAGAAGAAUUGCGUCGAUUGUUCAUGGAAAAUCAAGCGAAUCCCGAAACAGAUGAAGAUGUCAUUGACUGGCUGGCGCGCAACCUGAUCGAUCAAACGAAAACCCGACGUCAGAUUAUCAUGAAGCUCAAACAGUUGGGCUUGAUUUUCAAGGCACCCACGAAAAAGUCGAACGCUUCCGCAGCGAACAAACGUUUGUGGCGCCCCGAGCAAGACGAGCAACUCAAGGAACUUUACGAUAAAUUCCGCUUGGAAGAGAAUACAUUGUCACGAAUCAUGGAUACUUUUUCUCUCUUCAAAUCCAAAAAUGCCGUCAUCAAAAGAAUGUUAGAGCUGGGAUUGAUUGCAGAUCGCUCGGAAAUUGUCAAAACGCGUCGUGGCAACAAAAAAUCGGGAAAUAGUGACGAAAGCGGCGACAGUAGCGACGAAGAUGAAGGCGGUUUCGACAUGUGGGAUCGUGAAAAAGGAAAAUUCGGAAAGAAAUCCAACAAAUCGACCUCAGAAAAGAACAAAUCGGUGUCAAUUCAAAAGCUGGAUGUCACCAAAGUAAAACGAAUUGUCUCAGAAAUCGAAGAAACUCACAAAGAAGCUCUCGAAUGGCUCACAGAAACUUUUUCCGAUGCUUUGGAAGACAUUUCCGAAGAUAACGAUGACGAAGCUGAUGGAAUUCCAAUAGUCCCCAUUCAAGAAAUGCAGAUUCAAGCAAUCGACAAUGACGAGUUCAAACGACUUAUGGAAGCUAUAGGUCUCCAAGCGCCCGACGAAACGGAACAAUAUUGGCGAAUUCCGAGCUCUUAUUCCGCUGAAGACCUUCAAAAGCGAAUUUCUUUGCUAAAAGGCGAAGAUGUCCCGGAAGAAGAGUCAAACAAUCCUCGAAAUGACGAAAGUGACAGCGAUGAUGCGGAAAACAUGUUCGGCGCAUGGCGAAAAAAGGCAACGUCGAACCUUGUUUAUAACGAAAGUGACAACGACGAAGAUCGCUUUGAACAAUUAAAAGCAACGACUGAGAAAAAAUCCAAGAAAAAACAAAAAGAAAUUCUAAAUGAUUCAGAAAGUGAACCAGAAACCAACACUUUUGCUCUUUCAACGCAAGAAAUUCAAUCCCGCUUAAAUGAGCUCGAUGCGUCGCAAGAAUCGAAUAAAUCUGAAAAACGAGUUGAAGCUCUUGAUUCAGAUUCAGAUUCAGAAAAUGAGCCCAAUGAAGAAACUCACGUAAGUCGCAUCGAUGAAUCUUCCAAUGAUGAGCCUCCAACGAAAGGCAAAAAACGUGAUCGAUCUGAAGAUUCUGUAGAUCACGAAGAUCAAAACAAAGAUGGCGGCGAUGAGGAUAGUGACGAUGGAAUUCGUAAAGUACACAAGAAAAAUAAGAGAAUGGUCCUCAGUGAUGAUGAUAGUGACUAAUUUUUUUCUUACUCUGAAGCUCCUCCGCGGAUGCUGAAUUUUUUUUAAGUAAAUAAAUUUUUUUCUU